AUGCCUUCUUUCAAAUCUAUCCUCCUCGCCACGGCCCUCGCUGCCUCUCAACUAGUUGCAGCUGAAAAGUUCAGAAUCUCCGGCCAGGUCUUGAACGGGGAGGGUCCAGCCUCAAGGGGCAAGAUGGCCUACUGGAGCGCCACCGCUGCCGACGGCACAAAAGUGUGCGACACUGGCAAAACGCAAAAGGAUCUUCCUAACAAGUUCGACUGCGAUACUCCCGGCGCAACCUUCGAGUGGAAGGAAAACGAGGCCGAUGCAACGAAAUAUGACAUCACCGUUUGCCGAAAGGAGGACGACUGUACUUCCGGCCAAUUGGUGCCAACGGAAAAUGCCUGGCAGUGCCAGGUGUUUGGCUGCUCUGGUUUUGGAGACAUUGGGGCUUAG